AUGAAUGCGACUCGUGGUAGCUGCACGUCAGAAAUGCCUUACGGAUACCAACCUCGUCUCAAAGGGCUGUACAUCGCCACUGAGCUCAUCAUCGCCGUGCUGGCCAUCAUCGGAAACGUUCUGGUUUGCCUGGCUGUCACUCACAACAAGAAACUUCGAACGGUCACCAACUACUUCCUGGUAUCAUUGGCAGUGGCGGACAUCCUGGUGGGCUUGGUGGCCAUUCCCUGUGCAGUGCUGACAGACCUGGGUCAACCUCGCCAUGACCUGCCCCUCUGCCUGGUGCUGCUCAGCAUCCUGAUGGUGCUCACACAGAGCUCCAUCCUGAGCCUGUUAGCUGUAGCAGCAGAACGCUACGUGGCCAUCCUUCUGCCCUUCCAGUACCAGCGCUUGAUGAGCCCCAGGAACGCCCGGCUGGCUCUGCUGGUCACCUGGGGCCUCGGGGCCAUCUCCGGCUCGGUGCCGCUCAUGGACUGGCAAAGACAACCGGCAGAUUCUGACUACUGUAUCUUCACCUGUGUGGUGGACAUGAGCUACAUGGUCUACUUCAACUUCUUCUGCUGCCUCCUGGUGCCUCUGGCGGCCAUGUUCGUCAUCUACGGCCACAUCUUCCUCACUGUUCGCCGCCAAAUCAGCCGCAUCGCUGUGGCCAGGGGGACAGCAGAGGACAUGAGGACUGAAGACAGCGGGAGCAGCGAGACUGGGACAGAGGUCACAGGGAGUUCAGGUGCUGGAGGAAGCACAGGUGAAGCAGACCUGGGGACAGGAAAAGGAACUGGCAGACAACCCAAGGAAAAGAAGAGAAGAUGUAAGGCUAAAGGGAGGGCCGGGGUCGAAGUCAAGUCUGGCCCUGGGUCUGUUAUUGAAACUGAGACUACCACCGUCUUUGCAAAGCCAGGGUCCAGGAUUGGCCCAGCUACAUCUGCCACCUUUAGCUCUGCUCCCGCUGACCCGCGUCCAAGAGAGCCCAGCCUGGUCAAAGCCAACAUCCGCACCUGUCGGGAGCUGCGUAAGGCCACCUCCCUCUUCCUGGUCCUGUUUCUCUUCAUGGUGUGCUGGAUGCCCAUCCACAUCAUUAACUGCGUCCUGCUGCUCUGCCCACAGUGUGAUGUGCCCAUGUCGCUCACGCUUGCCGCCAUUUUGCUUUCCCACGCCAACUCGGCCCUCAACCCGAUCCUGUACGCGUACAGGAUGAGGUCAUUCCGACACACUCUGAUGGGAAUGUGGAGAGGGAUGUGGCGCGUUAGGCCAAAACACCAGUAG